UGGGACGGAGUUUCAGUUUCAUUUUCCCUUUCACAGGAGUAAAAAGUAACUUCCGCAAGAGACGCCGGCGGGAACUUUCAUAAAAAAGAAAAAAUUAGCACGGUAAAGAAACACAACGUCUUAACUCAGCAAUCGAAGCAUAUAGUACGCCAGGGGUAGUGUCGCAUCUUGGGAAGUCUGGUUUUCGUUAUUCGCCGAGCAAGCAGGUUAUUUGGGCAAAUAAAUAUAAGCAAGGCCUGUAUCGGGCUCAUCCUAUGAACAUCUAUGUGAAUGGUACUGAAAUCUUAAUGAUCGAGAUUUGACCACAAAAACUCAAACUAUGAAUCCGUUAGACUUUAAAACCAACGAGGAAUUAACCGGAUUUUUCCGCUGCAAGAAGACCGAGCUGUCGUGCAUGGAACAGCCGCAAACGUUCCUUCGUCAACUAAGAGACCACGGCCUUAUUCCCGAGGAUAAAUACAAGAAAGUGAUAAAAACGAAGAUCAAGCAGAGAAGGGUGGAUGGGGUCUACGAGGUACUGGACUGGCUGGAGACGACGCGGCCCGAAAACAUCUCGGCCUUCUGGAGAUGUGUUUUCGAAGACCACAUCCUCCAGCAGUACCCGAUUCUGCGCGACAUGCGAGAAAGACUGCUGGGCAAGUCCUCGACUUCUUCUGGAAAGCUGUCAGAGAAGAAAGAAACAAUGGAGGCAAAAGAAGGAAAGGGGGUCAAAAGAAGGAAAAUAGAGGAUGGAAGUAAGGCAGAGAACCUGGAGGAGACAGAGAGCUCUAAAGAGGAGGAGAAAUUGGGGACGUCCAGAUGCUGGCCCCCUUUCAAAGAAAGCAAGACAGAGGAAAACUGGCUUGUGGUCUGUGGAGUCAAGAAGGGGCUUCUUUACAGAGACAAGCUAGCCAGAGGGGAGAAAUGUAUCUUGGCAGACCAACGCUGGUUUUACCCCUUCGAGUUUGAGGAAUAUGGAGGGAAAAAGACCAGCCGGAACUGGAAGAUCAGCAUCCGCUAUCAGAACAAGACCCUGCAUAGGCUGAUACAGGAGGGUCAUUUGAUAUGUGGAAAAUUUAAGCAACGCCGUUCUCGGAGUAAUGAGAGAUUGAGACCGAAAUCAAAAAAUCAAGCAGAAGUCUCCACCUCAGGGUCUAAGUCAAAGAGACAGCUGGAGGAGGCCAGAGAAUCAUCAGCAGGGGGUGCAGCGGCCCAUGACAGAGGGGAUGGUGUGAAGAACCCAUCCCAGUUUGGAGGAAACCGUCUUGCGGUAACUUGUGGAUCAGCUAGAGGGAUUCUACAUAAAGAUCGCUUUGCGACAGGGUUGCUGGGGAAGUGCAUACGGAUGGAAGACAAGUGGGUGACACCAGUGGAUUUUUUGAAAGAGGACCCAACAUUAGGUGACAUCGAUUGGAUGAGCAGGAUCCUGUGUUUGGGAGUGCCCCUCAGCGACCUCCUCAAGAAAAAGGUCCUGCACUUUCACCAACUCCAGUGUGAUUGCAGACUGUGCACCAGUAAAGCUCAGACCUUGCAGGACCAAAACAAUGACGAUGACUGCUUCAUAUGCGAUGUGCCGGGCUGCCUGCUGUGCUGUGAUCAGUGUCCGCGUGCCUUCCACUUUGAGUGCCACGUCCCUGCUGUGAAUAGAACUGUGGAUUACAGGGACAAGUGGAUUUGCACUUACUGCGUGCUGAAGAAUACUCAAGGUUGGCGCCACCCCUGCAAAAUGACACUCCAGAUUGCGCUGGAGAGCCCUAUUUCAGCUCGCCUACUGGACUGCCAGUACCUCCUGUUGUGUCUGUACAAGGAGGACAGGGAAAAGGUCUUCAAAAGUGACUCCCAGCGCUUGGCAAGUUCAAAAGUCCAGGAGCCAAUGUGGCUCGACAAGAUUGCGGAGAAGCUGCAAAGCAAGUCCUACUCCACUGUGGGGCAGUUCUUCUCAGAUGUCCACCUGAUGUUUCGAAACCAGGGGAAAUGUUUUGCGAAGCUGGGCACCAAACUCACCAGCUUGUUUGAAGAGGAAUUUAGGAAAGUCUUCUUCAUACACCCUUAACCUCAGAUACUGUACUUGUUGUGUCUAAGUAUAUCUCUGUUGUAAGACUAAAUGUGGAAACUUAAAGCAUUUGGAAAAUAUGACGAUGUAUUACAGGCCAGACUACUCUGGAUGCAGGGGUGGAAAGUAACAGUAAAAAGCAUUUUUUUCUCUUACUUAAGUAGUAUGUCAGUGGAUGACUUUUACUUGAGUAACAUUUGGUGUGGUAUCUUACUUUACCAUGAGUAUGUAAAUUGAGUACUUUUUCCACCAUUGCCUGGAAGUAAAAGUACUUAUAGAAAAGUGGUUGUCACAUCUGAUGCAGAUUUAAAAUUGGAAUCUGCAAAUGACAUGCCAGGUGAGAUAAAGACUACAAUACAGGUGGCUACAAGGCCCAGGGUGAGUAAUUUAACUUCCAGUUCAAUAUUUGAUUACUUGCUCAUUCGAAGUUGUUUUAAAUGCAUUCUACUUUGAUAAUUAUGCUUACGGUUGUGGUAAACUUAAUAGCACUGUAUCUGUAAAACAAUAUUUUAUCUGUCAGCUAACCUGCAAACAUAUCAACUGCCUGCUUUUAUAUAAUCAGACAAUCAACUUUUGCUGUAAAAGAUUAUCACUAUAAGGAUACUCUCAGAAAGCAGAAUGACAUGAAAUGCUUGUAUUAUCUUAUGCCUUUAAAAUUUAAAGCUGAAUUUCACAA